AUGGCUCGCCAUCUUCUUUUGACACACCCUGUACCAAGCGCAUUUCAAGUCGGCCUGGGCGCGAUGACCCUUGCAUUUUGUGCCAUGGCAUUGCUCAUGUGUGCAUCCCAUUCGCAUAAAUGGCGUCGUCAUUGGAAUGCUUGCACUGACUUUUUCGAAGAUGAUCCUGUUAUUGAACACAUUCAACCCGGAAACUAUGAUGCAGGCAUGGAGGAUACUAAUAGUGGUGAGCUAGAAGACUCGGUCUGGCAGAAGAACAUACUCAUGGGUGGUAAGUGUCAGCUACCAGAUUUUUCUGGUGUCAUAAUCUACGACUCUGAUGGGAACAUUGUCAAGCCUGACAAAACUCCUCGUUUAACCUGGAAGUAA